GCUCCCGGGGGUGAGCCGAGGUCCCGGGCCGUCGAAGGCUCCGGCCAGCGUGCGGGAAUGAGCGGGUCCCUGGGCCGGGUGGCGGCGGCUCUGCUCCGCUGGGGGCGUGGCGCAGGCGGCGGCGGCCUGUGGGGCCCCGGCGUGCGGGCGGCGGGUUCGGGCGGCGGCGGCGGGGGCGGCUCGGCGGAGCAACUGGACGCGCUGGUGAAGAAGGACAAGGUGGUGGUCUUCCUCAAGGGGACUCCGGAGCGGCCCCAGUGCGGCUUCAGCAACGCGGUGGUGCAGAUCCUGCGGCUGCACGGCGUCCGCGACUACGCGGCCUACAAUGUGCUGGACGACCCCCAGCUCCGGCAAGGCAUUAAAGACUAUUCCAACUGGCCCACCAUCCCACAAGUGUACCUCAACGGCGAGUUCGUGGGGGGCUGUGACAUUCUGCUGCAGAUGCACCAGAAUGGGGACCUGGUGGAGGAACUGAGAAAGCUGGGGAUCCGCUCUGCCCUUGUGGAUGAAAAGAAGGACCAAGACUCCAAGUGAGGGCGGCCCCGGGGCCUCCCAGAGCAGCAGGGGCUGCCGGUGCCCAGACUCCCUGCCGGCAAAGCCUUACUGAUUCUGGUCUUCGCUCUCCAGACGGCAGCUGCUCGCCCAGAUUCCUCCAGCCUGUAAGCAGUUGGGUGAUUUGAGUGUGUCUGGUGUUUGGGCUGCGCAUAUCCUAUUGUGAACUUAAUUAUAACCACUGCACUGUAAUAAUUCAAUGUUGUAUUAGGGUAUCGCUGUAAACAGAAUCUGUUCGGAGACUGUCAUUUGCUCCAUGCCUGAUUCAGGAGUAAAACGAGGAGCUCUUGAAUCAUUCUUCAUGAGUCCUCUGCACAUGUGUCCGUCUGCAAAGAUAAUAUAUCUCCCCAAACUUCUCGUAGCUUCUUCUGUUAAGAAAAAUGAUGGACAAGGAAGAAGAUGUGAUAACUGGGGUGUUGUUUUUUUAAAAUAAACUGCCAACCCGGGGA